UGAGAUUACAGAUAUCGUGUUCACCACGUAACUUUUCAAUAGGCUAGCCUAGGCUAGGCGACUUAUGGCUACUGGUGGAAGCAGUGCUAGGCGAAGUGGUCGCUCAAGUCGCAAACUGCGAGAUGAUGCACAGCAUAGUUUCAAGAGUGAUAUGGUAGCAGCGAGGGAGACUCAUCGCAAUCUGCAGAAAUUGUUUGAAGACGUGAAAGAAGGCAAGCUCAAAGCGUUUGUGCGUUGUAUGCUGUGUGCAGACUCUGAGGAGGCUUUCGCUCAUGUUACCAAAAUACGAGCAUUGCAAGAUGAACUUGUAGAAAAACACCUUGAAAUUAGUCAGGCCCAUCAACGGGCUGCACAAAGUGAUAAUCCACUUGCAGACUGGCAGCAGUUAGAUAACUUGAUGGAGAAUCUGCACAAGGUGUGUGAUGCAGUACACCAGUUUGAACCUCAAGUUGAAGCGAGUGAUGCAGCUGGUGGUUCUGGGGUGAAUUUGAAGAGAAGAGAUUCAUUGGUAUAGACAAGUGAAACUUAGUGUUGCUUUUAUUACAUUUGAAAAUUGUGUUUAAUUAAGUAAUAACCAAAACUCUUUUACAGUCGUAUGAUGAGAUUGAGCUAAAUGAAUUAUUUCUGAUUGAGAAUGGUGUUAAUAAAGAUCUCUUAUUUAUUGCUUGCA